AUCGCGUACGUUAGUGCGAACCAGCUUUUAUCCUCCGAAAAUAAGAUUUUCCCCAUUUCCUCUCCACUUCUCCUUCACCCUCUUCCUCUUCUGCAGCUUUCCCUUCCCAUCUUCGAUAUUUUUCUUCCUUCCUUCUCCUGACCUGGACAUUAUCCUCCUUGUUCUCCUUAAUCCACAGAGUUUGAAAUUCUUAGCUUAUUCUGGGAUUAAGGAGCCUCAGUUUUUGGGAGGGUGAAGAAAGUUCGCUCACCCACAAUUGUUCUCAUUCUUACUUGGCUCCUCGACAAUAUUCACAGUGGUUCUCUUUUGAGGUACGACGAACUAUUUGAUGGGUUUUUUUAUUUAUGUUUCUGGUGUUUCUCUGCUUGGAGGAUUAUUAAAGUUGCAAUUUUUGUCUCUCGUGGAAUGAUGGGUUCUGGUUUUCUUAGGGUUUUGCUGAUUUGUUAUGGACAAAAGAAGAAGAGCUUAUUUAAUCGAAGGAGCUCUUGUGGGUUAUACUGAAAAUGACAGUUUGUAUGCCAGAGUCCCGUCAGUUGUUCAUCCUUAGAUUUGGGGGUGGAGGGUUUUGAUGGAACAGAUGAGAUUUGAGGAACUGCUGAGCUCUGUACGUUAGGGGUUCUUUAUGUGUUUGAUCAGAACAGUUUUUCUGAUUUGCUGAGAAAUGAGGAUUGUUUUGAGGAAGUCAAUAUUUUAGGGUACUUGGGGACUGGAGGAGAUGAUUAUUGUCAUUUGAAGUUGCUGUUGUUGCCUUGUUGAUUCUCCGGUAGUGCUUCAGUUUAGGGUUUUCGUUAGCUGCUAGGGCAGAAUCCUUGUCCAAAAAUGGAUGACACUGAGGAUGAUGCAAGGUACCCACCCAACUUGUACGAAAAUCACCAACAGCAGAAGCUUCGAGUUGUUGAUCAGUACGGUAGUGAUGAUGAUAAUGAUGAGGAGGAUCCAUCCAUAGAUGAAGAUGAUGAUGAAGAAUUGGUAAACAAUGAGGGUGGAGAGAACAAUAAUCUGAAUAAUGGUAAGGUUCAUUUGGGAAAAGAUGUAGAAGAUGUGGAUGAUGAUGACAACGUUGAGUUUGAUGAUGAUCAUGUUGAUGAUGAUGAUAGUAACGAGAAGAAGUAUGAUGCUGCUGCUGAUGUUGACAAUGCUGCUAAUUUGGUAAGGCACCCAAAGAAACGGAAACUAAAGAGCCUGGUAUCAAGUUAUGAAUUUGCCCCACGUGUGCCACCACCACCACUUCCAAUUGCAUCUAUUCUUUCGUCGAAACCUUCUUUUGCAGGGAGAAAUCCUCUCACUGACUGGACCGAACAAGAAACAUUUGUCCUACUAGAUUCUUGGGGAGACAAGUUCCUACAACGUGGGAGGAAGAGUCUCCGCUCAGACGAAUGGCUAGAAGUCGCAAAGAAGGUAUCAGAAGUAUCUAAAGUUGAGAGAACCGACACCCAAUGUAGGAACCGAUUGGAUACCUUGAAGAAGAAAUACAAGAAAGAGAAGGGUAGAUUAGUGGGGAGUUUGAGCAAUAGAUGGGUGUAUUUCAAGAAGAUGGAUAUGCUGAUGUCGACCUCUGCACAACUAGGUGGGAGCGGACUACUGUCUUGUGGUUUGGAUUCCGGGGAGUAUGUUUUCAGGAACCCCAGAGUGUAUCUCAACCGGCCCAAUGGGUUGGACGAGAUGAGGGAUAGUCCGGGCAACUCAGAUGAUGAUGAUGAUGAUAAUGACGAAGAAGAGGAUGAUUCAGAUGGGCUCCCGCCAAAGAAGAGGUGGUCUAGAAGGGACCAGAACGAGGAGGGGUCCGAAUUCAGAUUGCUGGCUGAUUCGAUCGAGAAGUUCAGUGAGAUAUAUGAGAAGAUCGAGAUGAGUAAGCGGCAACAGAUGGUGGAGCUGGAGAAGAUGAGGAUGGAUUUCCACAAGGAUUUAGAGAUGCAAAAGAGAGAGAUCAUGGAGAGAGUGCAGUCCGAGAUAGCCAAGAUUCAGGAAGAAGAUUCUGGGGUCAAGGAGCAACCCGGGAUCUCAGUGGAGGAUGCUAGUGGAUGAUGAUGAUGAUGACGUGUACCUUAUCUGUGAUAGACCUGGGAAUCUGUUUAGUGUUGAGCAGGUUCCCCUGUAGCUUCUGCUAGUUUGUUGUUGUAUAAUAUCUGAAAGGGGGUGCCCUUAAUUUCUCAUGCUGUGAGGCUAUUUAGCUGCUUUACAGUGUUGGUAGUAGACUUGAGGUAAGAAAGAAAUAACUGAGUACAUGACUGAAGAUCCUUUGUUCUAGUACUACUGUCUUUGUUCAAUGGAUUCUCCUUCGUAUAGAUCUCAGUUAUGUGGAGGUGAUCAUGAGAUUGCAGAUUGAGUUUAUCGUUUCCUUUGCUCCGUUAUUCUGCGUUGUUCUAAUGUGUUUCUGUGAAUCAGAAGUCGAGUAUUCCUCUGUGACAUUACCUUGAUUCUGUACAAUCUUGACCCCCGCAAUGCCAUGUAACAAAAAAAAGCUACAACAACAAUUUAAGCCUGCUUGGGCAGCUCAUUUGAGUUCCAAAACUUGAAUAGAGAAAACAUUUCACAACUGAGAAAAAACCACUUUACAUUAGUGCUCUGCAGCGAUCUUCAGCUACUGCAACUUAAUAACCCGAACCUAAAACCGACGAUACUGUUGACUCUGUGUCACUUGUGCCAUGUCAAGUGUGCUCAUCUAGCUGCUGCUUGGCUUCCACGGUCAUGAUUCCAUAAUCCUACAUCAUAUCCAUGAUCCUGGAAGCACAGCGGGAUCGCAGUAAGUGGAUCAUCAUCCAGUACAACUGUACAAGCAUAAUUCGUGAAUGAGUCUUCCAGUGUAAGGUCUUUUUGCUGGAUGGGAGCAACUUGGAGGAUGAAACAAUGCACAGGAUCAAAAUUGCAGACAAUACACCAGUUAGGUUACCAAGAUUGGAGUUGCAAUGCUACUUCUUUCGUUGUCCUUUCGAUGAGAAAUUGUGACAAUUCGCUGUGGUGUUUUUUCUCUGACUCUCUUGCCAUGAAUCAUGAUGGAUAGGAUUCUCUUACUCUGGUUUGUUCAAGGGUCCCAGCUACAAGGACUUGGCUCCUGCUCCGCCUUAACUGGGUAAACGAAAGACAACUUUGCUUUUAGAGAAACACAGGUCAGAUAAGUACAACAUAGGAGACAAACUUGCAGAGUUAAGACUGGGACCUUGCAAAGUAAAACCGUUCUAAAAGUGGCAGGCAACUAAACUUAAGAUUGCUACUACAUAUGCAGGUAACAGUAAUAUGUUAAUCUGUGGGAGCUGUUUGCGGUUCCACAACCACUUUAAAGAUCUGUCUCAAAGAGAGUACCCCCUGCUCUCCCCACAUUCUCAAGGAGAUAGCAGCAAAGUAAUUAUGGACUUCAUCAUCAUCAAGCCUUAUCUAAUACGUAAAAUGAGUAACUGCUACCAAGUUCUUUUAUGAAUGUAUUAUAAAAUUUGAAUAGGGUUGGCAAGUAAAAAUAACUCAUAAAACAGAGAAUAGAAAGAGAACAGAAAUGGAUACACAUAAACGCAGAAAAUAGAACUCUUAACAAGCAAAAAUUGCUCAAGAGUUAGUUUCCUACAAAGAUCUGGACACUAUUCGAAGGCAGUACUGAAGACAAGAAUGGAAUAGAUUUGCCUUCGGAUUAUAUAUCGCAUUAUCAACUUUCUGACAGGUGAAUGAUAGGUUUACAAGGCAAGGACAAGCUCUAACAAUCUGGAGGUGAGAGAUACACAUACAAAAAUAUAAGCCUGAUAUAGUU